AUGCUUCGCCUGCUUGCAGCGCUGUUGCCGGCUGCGGCUGCCUUCAAAGCGUUGGCUUUGCAGGGCGGCGGCGCCCGCGCUGUGGCUGUGGAAGCAGGGCUCUUUGUGGGCCUCGCAGAUGGCGAGGCAGAUCAGGCCGUGGAGAGCUGCCUGGCAUCCUUCCAGCUGCUCUCGAGCGUCAGCGGCUCUUCCUGGUUUAGCUCAGAGCUGCUCUUCUCCGAGUCCUUCCUGCAGCUGCUGCGCGGCAUGGCGGCCGACCCGUCCUCGGCAGCUUCGAAGUUCCAGGAGUCUUGGAUUCGGCCGUGGCUCACAGCUACAGCAGUGGAUGAAAAGAGGUGCCCGGUGACCUGA